CAGAACUGAGUCUCUAUUUUAGUCAAUCCUCUUUGACAUUAUGGCUCGACGUAUUCUAGUCAAUGUUGAUUGGUUGUUCAGCAAAACACUGGCUGGUCAUUGAUUGUCAACGUGGAUAAUUAUCUGAGCGAUUUUUCAAAAAUGAUGUAAUUAGAAAGUCUGGAGGAGUAGGAGGUUCUCUCAUCAUUUGUGAAACUCCAUUGUGACAAAAUGAUGAAGCACAAGAAUGCCCAGACUUUGAAGUACAUCAGCUUAGUCACCUUAACGCUCCAAAAUGCGUUGGUGGGUCUCAGCAUGCGAUACGCCAGGACCAGAUCCGGUGAUAUGUUUCUGGCAUCGACUGCUGUUGUGAUGGCAGAAGUUGUGAAGUGUGUUACAUGCCUCAUCCUAGUAUAUUUAGAAGAAGGGAGUAUCCGUCAAUUCAUUAAUGCACUUCAUUCAACAAUUAUUAAACAGCCAGUGGACACUCUCAAAGUUUGUGUACCCUCCAUUGUGUAUCUUGCACAAAAUAACCUUUUGUAUUUAUCAGCGUCAAAUUUAGAUGCCGCAACUUAUCAGGUGACUUAUCAACUAAAGAUAUUGACGACGGCCUUCUUUGCUAUAGUAAUCCUCCGUAGAUCUCUUCUGAGAAUUCAGUGGGGCGCACUAGUUCUCCUAUUGAUAGGAGUAGUUCUGGUGCAAUUGGCUGAUAGUGGCCCCUCAAAGGUUCCUUCUGGAAUUGAGCAGAACCGUAUCCUGGGGGUCUCGGCAGCUCUGACAGCCUGUUUCCUCUCUGGUUUUGCAGGCAUAUACUUCGAAAAAAUACUCAAAGGCUCGGACAUCUCCGUUUGGAUGAGAAACGUUCAGUUGAGUUUAUUAUCAGUGCCAAUUGGAUUAAUAACUUGUUAUGUGACAGAUCACGAUGCAAUAAUGAAACAGGGAUUUUUCUUCGGUUACGAUUGGUUUGUCAGUUACUUGGUUCUACUGCAAGCAGGUGGUGGGCUCAUUGUUGCAAUGGUCGUCAAACAUGCUGACAACAUACUGAAGGGUUUCGCCACCUCUCUCGCUAUCAUAAUCUCGUGCAUUGCAUCGAUUUAUCUAUUCAAUUUUAGACUAACUUUACAAUUCGCCUCAGGUGCUGUUCUCGUUAUCUGCUCCAUUUUCAUGUACAGUCAUCAACCUAAACCAAAAUUAAUCAUCGAUAAAUGAUUAAUUCUGUUGAUCUAUUCACAAUUUUUAUUUGUUUAUAAACUAUGAAAGUAUGAAAUUGAACGAUGUGCAUAUGGCGGACAAAAAUAUAACAGAAUUUAUGUUUUGUUAAUAUGUGUGAAAUCAUGAAAUUGAAGGAUUAAUUGUGGAGUUUUAAAUUUUUAAAUGGAAUAUUUUUAUACGGAUGAGUGAAUGAGAUAUCUUUACAAUGUCUGAGUAUUCGUAGUAUUCAUUCCAUGUCAGGACUACAUACUAUGGUAAUUCAGUUUAAUUUCGUGCGAAGUAUUGAAGGUAAUGAAUAAAGAGAUAUUUCCUUUCA